GUGGGCUCUACGGCAGGAGAUUUGAACGGUAACGGCCUCACCGGGAGGUGGCUCUUCAGGCGGUGCUGGGAAGGAGUGCUAGAUCCCCGUACCUCUCAGUAUGUCUGUCAGUGACCGUGAGGAGAUUCUCAAGUACUAUGAGUUACGUGAAACAAUUGGAACAGGUGGGUUUGCAAAGGUAAAACUUGGACGCCAUCUUCUCACUGGGGAAAAAGUUGCAAUAAAAAUCAUGGACAAACUUGCUCUAGGGGAUGACUUGCCUCGUGUUAAAACAGAAAUUGAUGCUAUGAAGAACUUAAGUCACCAGCAUAUUUGUCAGCUGUAUCACGUGAUAGAGACAUCCAAGAAGAUAUUCAUGGUCUUGGAGUACUGUCCUGGAGGAGAGCUGUUUGACUACAUAAUUUCUAAAGACCACCUUUCAGAAGAGGAAGCUCGUGUGUUUUUUCGGCAGAUUGUUUCGGCAAUUGCUUAUGUUCAUAGUCAGGGAUAUGCCCACCGGGAUCUCAAACCAGAAAAUCUGUUGAUUGAUGAGGAACAUAAUUUGAAGCUGAUAGACUUUGGACUUUGUGCAAAACCAAAGGGUGGCCUUGAUUACCAUCUGAACACAUGUUGUGGAAGCCCAGCUUACGCAGCACCAGAGCUGAUUCAGGGCAAAGCAUAUAUUGGAUCAGAGGCAGAUAUUUGGAGUAUGGGAGUACUGCUGUAUGCUCUGCUGUGUGGCUAUCUCCCUUUUGAUGAUGACAAUGUCAUGGCUGUCUACAGGAAGAUAAUGAGGGGAAAAUACAGUAUUCCAAAAUGGCUUUCUCCUAGCAGUACGCUACUACUUAACCAAAUGCUGCAGGUAAAGGUGGACCCAAAGAAGCGGAUUACAGUUAAACAUCUAUUAAGUCACCCUUGGCUCAUGCAAGGUUAUUCUGAUGCUGUUCAGUGGCAAAGUAACUACCCACUGGGACAUCUUGAUGAAGAUUGCGUUACAGAGCUUUCUGUGUUUCAUAAACAGAGCAGGGAGAGCAUUUUGGAAUUAAUAUCAGAGUGGAAAUAUGACCAAAUAUCAGCAACAUAUCUCUUGCUUCAAUCAAAGAAGGCUCGUGGCAAGCAUAUUUCCUUAAGGGUUCCAUGUCCGAUGGGGCAUGCAAGUAGAACACAAUUGGCAGGCCUUGAGUCUGAAAACACUACGAUAUAUGAAGAUACUCCAAACUGCAGUGAAGUGCCAUAUGCAUCUGGAUCCAUGGAAUUUUCUAAUGCAGCUUCAUUGCUUGAAGAGUCUCCAUUAGAAGAAUCUAUUCUGAAUACUCACAGAAUAAAGCAGCAUUCAAGGCUUCAUGCUCAGCUGGAUGGUACAGAAUUCACACUGUCAACUCCAGUUACAAGGAAAAUGGCAUCAAAGAAGCAUGAAAACAAAGAGAAUGUUGGUACAGCAUCACCUUUAAGUAUUGAGAGCAUAUUUGCACUUCGUGCUCCAAACACUCCAUUUGCGAAGCAUCAGAUUGAGACACAGUUACAAACUGUACCCUUUCAGGCACCUGCAUUCAAAGAAAAUCAGUUCACUGCAGUCACCCCAGCUGAGAAAACCAGAAACCUGACAAACACAGAUGAAUUGACAGCAGCUGAGGUGCUUCCAAAAAAAAGAUGUCACUCUGUGGAAUUAGAUAUGGACCUAACUCAUGUGGGUAGCAGCCAAAAGAAGAGAAAAACCAAAAUAUUUGGAAGUCUUGAAAGAAGCCUAGAUAAAGUGAUCACAAUGCUCACACCAAGCAAAAAGAAACGAUCCACUAGAGAUCACCCAAGGAAACUUAAGGCACACUACAAUGUUACCUCCACUCAGCUACUGAAUCCAGACCAGCUUUUGAAUGAAAUAAUCACUGUUCUUUCAAAGAAGCAUGUGGCAUAUGUUCAGAAGGGUUAUACCCUCAAAUGUCAAACACGGUCGCAUGUUGGCAAAGUAACUAUGGAGUUUGUGUUAGAAGUGUGUCAGCUCAGCAGACCUGAAGUAGUGGGUAUCCGGCGACAGCGGCUUAAAGGGGAUGUUUGGGUCUACAAGAGACUGAUGGAAGACAUCUUGUCCAGCUGCCAAGUAUGACUGCCUGAUGCAUGUGCUGGGAAAGCAGCAGUUUUGGACUGAGGCUUGAAUCAUAAUGUUUUAGAUAGGUGUGUUCAGAAAAGUAAUUCUUUGUCACAUUCAUAGCUGUAUUUCAAAAAUCUGCUACCUUUCUUGGGUUUUUAACCACCCCUAUUUGUAUGUUAUGCCUUCUGUAUGUUCAAGUUUGUAACAAAUGUUCUGCAGCUCCAAUUCUUCGAAAUAAAAUUCUGUACGCUGUU